AAUGGUGAUAUCAUCUGCUUUGGUUGUGCCAAGGGAUUUCGAAUUAGACCCGGUCAAGAAAUCGACAAGAAAUCAUCCGACCUGAAGUAUAUGGUUGUGAUUGAGGAUAAAUUUCCCUGCGGCCAAACUGAUGAGGAAGUGAAGAUGAAGUUUGACAAAUUGGUGAAGUCCGCUUCUGAUAUAAAGGAAAAAAUUGACAUUCUGGAAAACUUGACAAAGAAGCUUACCACUUUUUUGCCUGAACAGUAG